UAGCUCUCCAACAUAUCUUGUCAAAACCGGCUUAACCCGGUUGAACCCCGAUCCAACUAUUAAACCACAAACCCCUUAUCAAACCGGCCGAAUGACUUAACCCGGUUUGACAACCUUGGUCGACCCUAAAGGCUAGAAGUGUGGUGUUAGUAUUGGAGGUAUAUAGGUACAAUAGAAGAGUAUUGCCAAAGUCUAUGUUGAAGUGUGAUGUCAUGUAUAUAUGCAUAAUUUAUUAGGUGUCAAUAGCUCUCCAACAUAUCUUGUCAAAACCGGCUUAACCCGGUUGAACCCCGAUCCGACUAUUAAACCACAAACCCCUUAUCAAACCGGCCGAAUGACUUAACCCGGUUUGACAACCUUGGUCGACCCUAAAGGCUAGAAGUGUGGUGUUAGUAUUGGAGGUAUAUAGGUACAAUAGAAGAGUAUUGCCAAAGUCUAUGUUGAAACAUAAUUAGAGAUCGUGACACAGUCAAGGGUGCAGUGUAAGAUUAGGAGGUUGCACAGGUGGUUAUUGUGAUUCCGAGGACGACCUUCGCAAAUGAGUAAUAUAAUCUUGUACGUGGUGUGAGGCCUUCGGAGUCAUCAUCAAUUCAACAUGUAAGGGGUGUCAUCCUAGAAGUCACAAAUGCUACAAACCAUGCCACUACCAAGAAUGAGUUAUGAGAAGCCAAUAUAAUGAAGAAUGUGGUGCCGCUACUAAACACACUCCAUCAUCAAGGUAGUUGAAGCGAAGUACGAGAAUCUAAUGCAACGACGAGACCAACCAUACGAGGAGGCAACAAUGGACAAUCUUGACAUGCCAGCCGCUCUAGGGAAAGGGGAAAGAGACAACUAAUGAUGAAAGUUACUUAUUUCAACUACGACGCCUCUCCUUUAAGAGUAGGAAGUGAAAACUAUGAAGUCAAAAGGUCGUGAAAUUUAGUAAAAGAAAAUACACACACAUUCUCUUUCAUUCUUAUCGCCAUAGUCACAAUUGAGACGGUAACAAAAAUUUGGACUAAACUUAUUCUUCUCUUCCUUGAGUCAUGAAAGAUUUAUAAACACUCGAUUAAUUUAGUAUGAAAACACGAUUGAUUAAGUCUGUAGGUAAUCAAUUAGGAUGACAAUACAUAACACUAGAUAGCUUAUAUUAUCCAAAUUUGUUUAAUAUUGUUAUUGGAGGAAAUUAGGCAACUUCGACAACAAUGCGGGAUAUUUGGAGAAAUAAUCGGGUGUCCUAUCUGGUGGCUAAGAAGACCCUUUAUUUGUUACCUGCGAGUGUUAAUACUUUUGAUUUGUUUAUAUGGUGUAAACUAUAAUAAAGUGAGCUAUUAGGGUGGGGUGUGGGGAAUCUAUGGUAUAUUCUAUAUUUUAGUAAUCCUCACAUUAGUGGCAAGAGUCUAGUUAUAACUUAGAAGUUGAAAUUAACGUCCUCUAUGGCUCUAAUCUCUAUCACCGCUCCCAACCGGCUUCAUCUGGUGCAGGUCUCGCAAGUGGCUGUCCCCAGUCUCAUCUAUCCGUCUCUUUAAACAACCUCCAAUGUUUCUCUCUCUCUCUCUCUCUCUCAAAAUUUGGGGAUCGAAUAUUGAAGUUCUCGUUCUCGGUGGAUUUCAGCUCCCUCUUUUAGGUAAUUCUCGAAUCUCUGACGAUUACCCUGUUCAGGUUUUCAGGGUUUGGCUUACUUUUGAUUAGAUGUGUUUCGGAAUCUCUUGUCACUUUAUUUGCUGUUUUCUAGAAGCGUUCCCCUGAAGAGAUUCUAGGGCUUGUUUAGGAUUACUGUUUAUGUUCUUCCCUCCAUGAUUUUGGAAUUACAUGUUCCGUGAUGGAUUACCCAGAAAGCUAUUAGUUAACCGAUCGACAUUAAGUAGAUUCAUUUGAAGUUUUGGGUUAUGCUGGGAGUCAUGAUCUCUUCAUUGUUGCCUGAGCUGAUUCUGAUAGUCUGCUGGAAAUUCUUUUGACGGUAUGAGUAGAGCUGAUUGGUAGUGCUGGUUUCAUGCCAUAAUGAUUAUGAAGCUUCAAUCUUUAGCUGUUGAGUGAGUGAUUCUGGGGAUUGUUUAUCUGAUCUCGAUUUCUAUUCGGUUUUUGUCCUGGCCAGGUUAGUGAUGUACUUGAAGAAGCCGCUUUCUUCUGGUUUUUGAAAUCCUCAUGAACUUCUGUAGCCUACCUACUGGGAAAAUAGUGGGCAGUUGAAAUCAUGAGGAGGUUGAUAAGUUGCUUGUUUGGUUUUGUUGACUGAUCGAGGGCUUUGCUAGUGAUUGUGAAAAUAAAAAAUCUCAUUUGGAAAGUAGAAACAAGAGGAAAAGAAUAUAUGGCGGAAGCUCUCAUAACGACAUUGUCAAUGGAGAAUUAUCACCCUUCCACGCUUUUGUCAAUGGAUUCUGGUUCCUUAAUGCACGAUGACUUGGAGAGAGAGAUGAACCGGCCUUUGAUUCUAUCCAGGCCACCUGACAUCAACCUUCCGGUGUCAUCCGAGCCUCCUUCACCUUCUCUUCUGAAUUGGAACGACUCAUGUGACAUCCUAGAUUUGGGUCAUGCUCCUCCAAUUUAUGAAGUUGAGACAACUGUCAGUGUGCCUAAAGCUUCAAAGAAAUGUGCCAAGAGGCUCGACAGCAUUUGGGGUGCUUGGUUCUUCUUUACCUUCUAUUUCAAACCGGUUUUGAGUGAGAAGUCGAAGUCCAAGAUAGUGAAGGAUAGCAAUGGUGUCUCUGGGUAUGAGAAAACGGAUCUGCACCUUGACGCAUUCUUGGUGCAACACGAUAUGGAGAAUAUGUACAUGUGGGUUUUCAAGGAGAGGCCUGAAAAUGCUUUGGGUAAGAUGCAGUUGAGGAGUUACAUGAAUGGGCACUCGCGUCAAGGGGAGCGCCCAUUCCCAUUCAGUGUUGACAAGGGCUUUGUCCGGUCUCACAGGAUGCAAAGGAAGCAUUAUAGGGGUCUAUCUAACCCACAGUGCCUUCACGGGAUUGAAGUUGUUGAGUCUCCAAAUCUCGUGAAUCUUGAAGAGGGAGAGAGGAAGAGGUGGGUAGAACUCACUGGCCGUGAUGUUAAUUUCUGCAUCCCUCCUGAAGCAAGUGAUUUUAGCUGUUGGAGGACCCUGCCAGCCACAGAAUUUGAGCUCGAGCGUCCCCCUCUGCCAUUGAAGAUUAAUGGGAAUUUCCAACCAAGGAAAUUGCUUAAUGGUACUGGUUUGAAUCUUUCUACUCAGUCUACGGACCAUAGUAGUAGUAGUAGUGGUGAAGUGAUGGAUUACUCUCCGUUUUGCAAUAAUAAAAGGAAGAAGGCAUAUUCUCCUCAAGCAAAUGAGGAUGAUUGUCUCCACAAUAACAAUUCCCGUGUUGAGAGGGUAGACAUGAACAUCCAUCCAACUGAGCCAACAUGGCUCAAUGACUUUGGCGGGGUGAUGAAAAAUGUCUAUGGACCUGUUACAGCGGCGAAGACCAUAUACGAAGAUGAACAAGCAUUCUUGAUCAUCGUCAGCUUGCCAUUUGCUGAUCUAGAAAGGGUGAAGGUCACCUGGAGGAACACCAACAGUCAUGGAAUAGUGAAAAUAUCUUGUGUAAGUACUGCUUGCGUGCCGUUUAUUAAAAGGCAUGAUAGGUCAUUUAAACUAACAGAUGCAACUCCGGAGCACUGCCCACCAGGAGAGUUCGUCAGGGAGAUUCCCCUCCCGAACUGCAUUCCUGAAGAUGCUAAGCUGGAAGCCUAUCGGGACGAGACUGGAACCAUUCUGGAGAUUAUUGUGCCGAAACAUCGGGAAGGACCAGAGGAACAUGAAGUCCGUGUGUGUCUUCGCCCUUCUCCUUUGAGCGAGCGAUCAUUCAUCGACUUGAAGGAGGCAUAGAAUUUGUAGGUUGGGAUACGGUCUGUUUACUUACCUCUUAUGGAAAAUCCGUCCCAUGGCAUUUGGUGCACUUUUGUUUUAGCAUAUUCUUCUGUAUUACCAUUUUUCCUGUUUUCUAUUCCUUCUGGUUUUUUGGGUUCCAGUCUGUAGGUUGGUAUACCUGAAACUUACAUGUUUUUAUUCUUGGUGGGCAAUUUUAGCUCUGGUUUCUUUGUCAUAUUUAUAGAGGGCCUAUUCAGUUCCCCCAAGGGAAGAGUGAAAAGGCGACUAGAUCAGUGAUCGAUUUCUGGUGCUGUGUUUAUUUUGUUAUUUGCAGUAUGUUGGUAGGGUUUGCAGCAGCGAGGUCAAGUUUGUGGAUAUCCAUAGCCAAUGGUUCGGGGAAAUGCCUAUCUGGUGAGUUGGAGAAUUUUUCAUGACAACUAGAAUGACUUUUUUUUACAAGAAUUGAAAAAUCGUAUCCUACCGGCGGUUCGACCAAAAAAAUGUUUUACCGGAAGCAAAAUCAGUAAGCAGUAUUUAGCCCAUAUGAAAUGAUUGAACCACAAUUUCAGCAUAAAAUACUUAUCGUUAU